GCUGAAUGAUGAAUUUGCAAGUCAUCCGAAAGUUUAAGGACCACUUAUGUAAUCAGCCCAUAGUUUUAUGUAAGCGAGCUAAACUGCUAAAGCUUCAAUUUCUUCUCUCACUUCCCAUUUUCCCAGCUCCCAAGUUGCAAUCUUUUCCCGCCCCAAGUCCAUGGCGCCGCCGGAGCAGCACCCGGAGGAAGAAGCCACCCGACUGAAAUCCAAGGCCGAGGAGGAAUAUUCAGCCUCCAACCUGAAAUCGGCACUCAAACAUGCUAAAAAAGCCCACCGGCUAUGUCCCGACCUCGACGGUCUCUCGGCCAUGCUCACCGCCCUGAAAACCCUCCGAUUCGCCGCCAAAUCCGACUCCGAGUUCGUCGAUUGGUACGGCAUUCUUCAGGUAGAGCCUUUCUCUCACAUCAACACUAUAAAGAAACAGUACAAGAAUCUGGCACUAGUUUUGCACCCUGAUAAGAACGAAUUUGUCGGUUGUGAGGAGGCGUUCAAGCUGCUGGGGGAAGGGUUUAGGGUUUUGUCUGAUAGAGCUAGUAGGAAAGAGUAUGAUGUAGCUUUGAGAAUCAGGUUUCUGGAGGAGAGGGGUGAUGUUCAGGAAUCCGUAGUGGAGACUUUCUGGACGGCGUGUUCUAGGUGUAGUCUUCUGCAUCAGUUUGAGAGGAAGUAUUUGGGGCACAAUUUGGUUUGCCCUAAUUGUAAGAAGAGCUUUAAAGCUGUGGAGGUUGAGGAUAAUCAGGAUAAAGAAGAGGUUGGUAAUGUUGAGAAAGUUGGAGUUAGGAGUUCGAGGUUGAGAAGGAAAGUUUUUUGUGGAGAUCGGUUGGGGAACUUUAAUUCGGGGAAUCAAGGAAGUCGAAAUGAGGUCUUGAGGAGGAAACCGAAUGAUGAAGACGUGGUUUUGCAGAACUUGAAGUCUAAGAAGGUGAGAUUAGAUGAAGAAAUGAUGACACUGGCUGAAAUGCAGUUGGAAGCAAGGCGUAAGGCUAGCGAAGGGAAGGAAAAAUUGAAGGUUAAGCAGAAGGAGAAGGAGGGACCGGAGAAAGAAGACGUUGCAAAGAAGAGCAGAGAAUCACAGAGCGGAAAAAGUGGGAUUUCAGUUGGUGAAAAUGAAAGUGCUCAGACAUCAAAGAAGAUUGUGAUUCAUGAGGCAGAGAAGCAUGUUGUAUCGAGGAAGUCAAGGAGUGCUAUGGAUAUCGGGUAUGUGGAGAAUGGUGGUCCGGAGAUGAUGGAAGUUGAGGACUCAGACUUCUAUGACUUUGAUAGUGACAGAACAGAGAAGAGUUUCAAGAAGGGGCAGGUGUGGGCUAUAUACGACGAUACUGAUGGAAUGCCGAGGCAGUAUGGUUUGAUCGAUGAGGUGGUCUCGGUGAAUCCUUUCGAGGUGAAGUUGAGUUGGCUGGAUCUUGUCAACAACGGAGACGAUAGGUUGAUCAGCUGGUUAAAAACUGGAUCUUGUGGGAGCUUUAAGGUCGAUAGGAACAUGACUGUUGAUUCUGUGAAUAUCUUCUCACAUGCUAUGCAGUGCGAGAGGGCUGCCAGACAAGUUUAUAGGAUUUACCCUAACAAGGGUUCUGUAUGGGGAGUUUACAGAGAAGGACAAAGACAUGUUCCACAGAAGGAUGAACCAUGCUACGACUUUGUUGUGGUUCUGAGUAAUUACAGUGAGAUUCAUGGGCUGAGUUUUGCAUACCUCGAUAAGGUUGAUGGGUUCAAAACUGUGUUCAAGAGAAGGGAGUUCGGGUUUCGCGGUGUCAAAUGUGUCGUCAAAGAUGAUCUCCUGAUGUUUUCUCAUCAAAUUCCUGCGAGGAAGGUCUCUAGUGAUGAGAUCCCCGAGCUUCCGAAAGACUGCUGGGAGCUUGAUCCAGCUUCUCUUCCAGCAGUGUUGUUGCAGUCGAAGCAUAUGUGUUAAGAGAUUAGAAUGAGAUUAAAUGUGUAUUCCCAAUUACUAAUUGUUCAUGGCGUUCUCAUUAAAGCUUUUCCCGGCUCAAAGGACACGUUUGAUCAUGUGUUUUAUCAAAUUUCUCAUCAAAUUCAUGUCUUUCUCAUUCAAAGUACGUAUAUGAGAUUAGCUACGUGACAUGUUUGCAUCACAAUAUACAUGUAUUUAAAAUCUCUUGACAUUUCUAAAAUCAUAUUUUCAUAUCAGAAAAUAUUAAGACUAUCUUUCAACUAAUUAGUCUCAAUUAUUCUUUCAUUCAUUGAUGAAGUGUUUUCUCUAUCUCUUAUUAUAGAAAAAUUAAAUAUCAAUGUUUUU